AUGGCUAAACAAGGCUGUGAUAAUGACAUUACUUUGGACUCGAACUCGAAUCUCAAUGUAACUUUACGCUUCAAGCAUUCUAUUGCUUCUCCAACACACAAUGCAUCGACACACACCGCACCAUCGCCGCAGCAACCAAGUGGUACCGGCUUUGCUACAUCAGGGCAAUAUCAUAGUCUGGACCGCGUCGGUCUUCCUCAGGUGGUUACAUGGCUGGCCCCAGAGACUCCCGCAUCCAUCAUGGCUUCAUUUCCGGCGGGCUGUCAACAUCCUCCCAUGCCAUCGCCCACGCCAUUUUUGUUGUCGGAGUCUGCCCAGAGAGAUUACCAGUAUCAGCUUUUCCUGCUGGAACAAGCCAAGAAGCGACAGUUGGCACAGCGAGAAGCAAGGCGAGUUGCUCAGUCCGAGGCUCAUCAGUCACCUCCAGCAUCAACAGUGGGACAGGGAGGAACGUCAACAGCAUACGAGCACCAGCUAGGGCUGCUUGAAAACCAAAGACAAGCCCAACUGGCAGUCACUAAGGAGUGCAAACCCGCUCAGAGAGACUAUCAACAAGAAAUGCUCGAGUUGAUAGAGCAGAACAAGAUCCGGAACAUGAAACGAGCGGCACUUUACCACCAGCAGUCAGGAUAGCAAACGCAGCUGACCAUUGGAUCUCCACCAGAUUGAAGGAGUCCUCGAAUUCGAUGAAAGUGGCAUGAUAGAAACCUUGAUGUAGUACCGAAGGUCUGGCAUGAUGCUG